AUGAUGUUCCCUGUCCCGGUUCUAUGUUUCCUCCUCGUUCUGCUGGGCGCAGAGCAUCAAGCGCAUGCCCUGAACUUUGAAGUGUUGGACACUCCUGUUCUAGACUUCGUAUCCAACGCAAUGGGAGGUAACGAUAAUGCCCAAGUUCAAGAAGACAUUCAGCGAGCGCAAACCGGAGAGGAAGGUGGUGUCACGCUAGCACAACUUUUGUUUGGUGCAGCGUGCGAUACGGGUGGUAUACCCGAUGGUCUCUGCGGAUACUUUGGUGAGAACACCCCGAGAACGGACACUGCUGAGGCCAAUGCCCUUCAGGACUUCAAUACUGGCAACGCGGAGGAGGAAAAGGCAAUUGUGGAUGGGCUACUCCUAGGAUUCCUCUGUGGUGUAGGUGGUCGUGCACCAACGGCGGCUUGCAAUAUUGUGGUCGGAAGCGAUGGCAACAGCGGCUUGAUUCGCACAUUUUGCGAAAGUGGGAUAGUACCUCAAGGAUUCUGCAGCUCUGUCCGUGCUGGCAAAGACGAAGCAGGAGCGCGCAACGAAGAUUCUCAGACACAGAACGGGGGAGGACGCAAGAAAGCCCUGCGAGGAUAG